AUGGCUCCUCCCUCUCUGUUGAUGCUGCUGACUGUGGUUGCCAUGGCAACUGGGGCCCGUUCAGCCAGCGAAGAGAAUGAACUGGAUUAUGGGUACUGGAACUACAGAGAGGGAGCUGAUAGUGUGAAUGUGGCCUCGGUGCGCAGCGUGACCAGAGUUUUAGAUGCCUGGGGAAAACGCAUCUUCCGUGAGAUCAAGACUUUGCUGCACUCUCAGCCCAGCACACUGCUGCCCGACUACUCCAGGGUGCGCCCUCUGUCCGAGUCCGUCAACGACCUGUUCAGAGAAGUCUCGCUGCUGCGCCGGCGCAUCACCGAACUCUCUCAUCGCCUAGCAACCCUGGAGCCGUUCCUCCGUCACCACGGCUACCGGGAGCAGGGGGAGGAGGGGAAGGAGGGGGAGGAGAUGGGGACUCCUCUGAGCCUGAGAGGAGGAGAGGUGGCGAGCUUGGCCCGGUUGGGAGUGAGUUGCUGCUUGAAGCGAAGGAGUUCAAGUAUCUCUGGGUCUAGAACAGAGCAUGAGAUGGACAGGCAGUUUGGUGCAGCAUCAGCAGCAAUGCAGGCCUUGUACCGGACCGUUGUGGUGAAGAAGGAGCUGAGCCACAUUUACCAGCCCAUCUACAUCUCAACCCUCACCUAUGGUCAUGAGAUUUGA